UGAGGCCGCUCUUCUCCUUCCGGGCCACUCGCUAUGGUCGUCGGGUUGGGGCGGAGACAAGAUGGCCGCGGGGUGGCUGUGGCGGCGGCUCUGCCAGGGAUCAGCUUUUCCUGUCAGUUAUGCAAGCAGAAUUAUGCAAAAGCAGUGUUUUCUUCUAAACUCCAGCUUGGGAGCGCGGCUGGCUGGAUCCCAUGUCGAUACACAGGAGCCUAAGACUAAUCCUUUGGUAUCUAUUUCAGAUGAGCCAGAAAUACUGUACAAGAGAUUAUCCCUCCUAGUUAAAGGCCAUGAUAAAGCUGUGUUGGACAGCUAUGAAUAUUUUGCAGUGCUCGCAGCUAAAGAACUUGGCAUCUGUAUUGAAAAAGUGUAUAACCCUCCGAAGAAAAUAGAACGAUUGACACUCUUAAAAUCUGUACAUAUUUACAAGAAGCACAGAGUUCAGUAUGAAAUGAGAACACAUUACCUGUGUUUGGAGUUAAAACACCUAACGGGCAGUACUGCUGCAGUUUACUUGGAGUAUGUGCAACGAAACUUACCUGAAGGAGUGGCGAUGGAAGUAAAAAAGACUAAGAUAGAGAAAAUACCUGAACACAUUCAGGAACCAGUUUGGGAUACCCUACCUCAAGUAGAAGAAACUCAAGUCAAGUCAUGAACUUAUCAGGUUAGCAGAAAGGACACAGCUGCAGGAAUCUGCUCCAGUAUUAAGGGAGUGCUCGGAUCUGACUGCUAUUAAAAGAAUUUACGGAAGGAAUAGCCAACUGAGUCACAGGACAAGACAACCAGAGAGGCUGGAUCAUUCUUACCAAGCACUCAAAGCUCUAUGCAGCCACAAAAGCAAAGACGCCCAGUGUUGUUAUCAGACAGAAAUGGACAAUUUAAUGGGAAACAGCUGGAAGACAAGAAACCAAGCUUGUUCUUGAAGACUGUCUGCAUUUUCUAGCUGUAGAGAGGCCCAAAGCUGUUCCAGGAGAAAUACUUCAUGACAGUAAAAAGUCAGUGUCGCUGGUAUCACUCAUGAUAGAGAGGAAGCUGCCUGUGCCUCUUCUGCAAUAUGCCUAGCAACAACAAAAAAACCCAUAAACAAAGUUAAUCAAAGCCCUUCUGGGAAGACGAACUGCCUAGUUCUCCCUUCAAGGAGAUUGCUUUCCUCAAUUUCAAGCUAUCCUUUCUCUCAUUCUGAGUAUUCAGUCAUAAUAGCGUUUCUUAAAGUCAUGUUAGACACUGUAAUGUGAAGGAAGGAUCUGUGAGCUGACCUGGUUAAAUAAAGCUGGUGCUGCAGAGGAACAGUUUCUUUCAAGCCUGUGUUAUAUUUUCUUGAAAUUUGCCAUGCUUCCAUGCUUGAGUUUUGCAUAAGCAACCUGCCAAGUUCAAGCUGUAUAGAGUAUUGAAAUGUGACUGUGCUCACUACUAAGUCUUCCCACAUCUUGGUUUGAUGGAUGGUGAGAUUAAGGGGUUGUCUGUUAUUGCCUUUGGUGCUGUACUGCAGUUUUUGGCUAAAUGACCAGUCAGCAUGGCUUUUCAGCUGGCUCAGUUUUAUUUACUAGACCUAAAUAGGAACAGACUUAGGAGACAGCUGCAGAAAGUAUUAACCCAUGUAAGCGACCCCCUGGCAGAGGGAUACUUGAUGUUUUGAAAGUAUUAUUAGAGAAUUUCUUGCUUCCAGCUUCGUUGUAUGUUGGGAAAAGCCAGUGUGUGUUCAGAGUGAUCUCUGGACCCUAACUGUGUUUUCAGAGCUGUAGCUAACUGCCAUCAGGCCCGUGUUUACUAACAGUGCCAUCUACUAACCCCAUAGGCCACACUUCUCAUCAAUAUGUUUCUCUGUAUGAAACUUCCUCCCUUUUAAGAUUGUGAUCCUUUUCUGCUUCCUCUAUCCUCCCCUUCACGUUUAGGGGUUUCCUAAACAUAACAACAUCUUUGUCUUUAACUCUGUUUAUGCAUUUGCGUAACACUGUAACUGUGCAGUACACUCUGAUCAUCUUUUGUUGUCCACUAAUGUGGCUUCUGACUUUCACAGCAUGGUUGUGGUCCUCAUUUACACAACUUUGGAUAAACUAUUUCCAUUCUUCUUUUCCCAUUCUUUUAACUCAUUUUUCCAGUUUUGCUUUCUGCCACCUCAGGAAGUACCAACAGCAACACUCCAAUUAUUGCUUUAGGUCUUGUCCCAAGUCAUCUUUCUACCUACUGACCUGACCAUAUCAUCUCAUUUUCAAUCAGAAAAUUUGCAGUUGAUUUUUAGAGGAUGUUAAUAAAAAUGCCAUGCUUCAUACCAGUUACAAA